CGAUUGUAAAAUACACCAAGAAACAUGUCCGACGACAAAGCGAUUCCGAAGACGGACUACAAGCUUGAACCUGACUCAGAACUGCGGUUCGAAAUAGAAAAUAAAAAUGAAAAAGUAGCGGUAGUCCUGCUGAAUGGCCAAGCGGAACUGUUCGGCACAGAACUGGUGGUAAAAAAGCCGUAUGAAUUUUUCACUGGAGCAAAGGUAGCCAUAUUCACGUACCACGGCUGCACGAUUGAGCUACGAGGGAAACCGGACGUAGCGUACGUUGCCAAGGAAACACCGAUGGUAAUGUACUUGAACGCCAACUCGGCGCUCGAGCAUUUGAGAAAAAAAGCGGAACAACAGGACGCCCAAGGCCCGAUCGUGAUGGUCGUUGGUCCAAUGGACGUCGGCAAAACGACACUGUGCCGAAUAUUUCUGAACUACGCCGUGCGUCUCGGGCGUAGACCAAUUUACGUUGACCUGGACGUAGGCCAAGGAGGAAUUGCCAUUCCCGGUACAAUCGGAGCAUUGCUGGUAGAAAGACCUUCUCCGGUAGCGGACGGAUUUUCCCAGCAAGCGCCGCUGGUCUACCACUACGGUCAUAACUCUCCGUCGGGAAAUAAAACAUUCUACGAUGUGCUCAUCUCGAAGCUGGCCGAAACCACACUCGAGCGGCUACAGGCCAACAAGAAGGCCAAAUCUUCGGGCAUGAUCAUAAACACCUGCGGAUGGGUUAAAGGUUCCGGCUACUCGCACAUCCUGCACACGGUGACUGCGUUCGAAGUGACCGCAAUAUUCGUGCUGGAUCAGGAGCGCCUUUACAACGAGUUGCUGAGAGACGUAAAGCGGAACGUUCAGGUGGUGUUUCUGCCGAAAAGCGGAGGAGUCGUCGAGCGUACGCGAUCGCAGCGCACGGAGUCCCGAGAUCAGCGUAUUAGAGAGUACUUCUAUGGCUCGAAGAUGCCAUUAUUUCCUCAUAGCUUCGAUGUGAAGUUUGGCGAUAUAAAGAUUUUCAAAGUAGGUUCGCCGCCACUGCCAGAUUCGUGCCUGCCGUUGGGUAUGAAGGCCGAAGACAACUACACCAAGUUGGUGGCCGUUCUACCCGGUCCACAGUUGUUGCAUCACAUACUGGCGGUUAGUUUUGCCGAGAACACGGACGAGAAUGUGAUUCAAACGAAUGUCGCUGGAUUCAUUUGCGUGACGAACGUAAACAUGGAGAAGCAGGUGCUCACAGUUCUAUCGCCACAGCCACGUCCUUUACCUCAAACGAUUCUACUAGUUUCGGAUCUACAAUUUAUGGAUAGUCAUUGAGCAAGCACUGAUAAAGUUAGCUUUCUGUUUCAAUAAAGAAGCAUUCUGAU